CUGUUCCAUACAGUCUUUCAGCUUUAUAUGGAAGGAUCUACUCAGGUGGCGGACAGCCCCGAGGAGUUUGCGCUUUAUGCGGCCACGACUACCGGUGCUCCCGAGUCAGAGGAAUUCUUGAGAUGUCCUUUAUGUAAUCAGAGCGCGUUGUCCCGCUCAGCCCUUGUCUGCCAUUUGGCUGAUGAGCACAAGGAGCGUUUGGUUGCUGUUUGCAAGAUUUGUGGUCAAUAUUUUCCAUCUGACAAGAUCCGGCUCCACGUUCUUCGUUGCAAGGGCUCCCACAUUUGCCCCUAUUGUCAUUCGACGUUUGCCCGGCUAUCCUAUUUGCAACGUCAUGUAUCUCGGCAACACUCUUCUUUCACGCGUCCGAUAUGUGAUAUGUGCGGAAAAAGCUUUUCUAGUACCGGUGCUUUAUCUAUACACAAACGUACUCAUAAUGCCGAACUCCCCCAUUCGUGUAAGCUGUGUGGUGCCCUGUUUUCCCAAAGUUGUCAUGUUAAAUUUCAUUUGGAUUCUCAUCAUGCUUACCUGGAGUUGAGCAACAAACCAAAACCAUUCAGAUGUGACACCUGUGGACGAGGUUUUCUGUUUGCUUGCAGUCUACAAAACCACCGAAAACAACAUACUGCUCAGCCAUACAGGUUUUCUUGCACCGUUUGCGGUCGCAAGUUUCGUUUCCUUAGUGAAUUGGAACGCCAUCAUGCAUCCCACCUGCAGAAGCCAGUCUAUUCGUGUUCAUUCUGUCAGCAACUGUUCAGGCGUCUCAGUUUGCUUAAAGCACAUAUGUUACGUCACACGGAUCCCGGGUUUCUCACGUGCUAUAUCUGUCUGCGAACUUAUGCUUCCCGUACGUAUCUGAUCGAACAUAUGGAAAAACAUCGAGUGGACGGACAAGCCUCCUCUACUACAAGUUUUGACUCGGAAUCAGCACCUGAUCUCGAUCUGGGGGCAUUGACUGAAGAUUGUGGUAUCACUGCCCCUGAUAGUGUCUUGUUUGAUGAGAUGCUUCUGGAGAAGUGUGGUGACCCGCUCUAUCACCCAUCCACUCCGCCUAAUGUGAAUCUGUUGCAUGAAGUUUUGUAUGGAACAGCAAGCAGCGGCGACGGGACUGUUGGUGAUUGCGCGCCCCCAGAAAAAGAUAUCUGA